AACUUACUCAGACAGAGUAUAUAAACCCUUUCACCGCACAUCGUGAAGCAGCGUGUGAUUGAAGAGUUUUCGAUUGCAAAAAGAAAAAUCUGCGAAGAAACAAAUUCGAUAGCAUACCAAAAUGGCACUAGCGAAGGCUAAGGAGAUCGUAGCUUCCAAUCCCGUCGUCGUUUUCAGCAAAACCUAUUGCCCUUUCUGUGUUCAAAUCAAGAAGCUCUUCGCUAACUUGGGUGUCAAUUUCAAAGCCAUUGAACUCGAAACUGAAUCUGAUGGAAGUGAGAUUCAAGCAGCAUUAGCUCAGUGGACUGGUCAGAGGACUGUGCCAAAUGUUUUUAUUGGCGGAAACCACAUUGGCGGCUGUGACACAACAACCAACUUGCACAGCCAGGGUAAGCUGGUACCCCUACUGACAUCUGCUGGAGCUCUUUCUGGGUCAACUUCAUAGAGGAGUUGGAGUGCUGGUUAUAUAGUGUAAUAAAAAUACUCGAAUAAGAGUAGCAGGACUUAAUAUCCUGAAACUUGCGGUUGUUAUGAACUUAAUACCCUGUUAUUCUUGCGUGAUUCUCUUUAAAGUACAACUUUGUUAAAUAAGUCUAUUAAGUUUUGGUUAUUGACAACAGAUAUUGUUUCAUCUCAUAUAAAUUCAUCUCAUAUUGUUUCAA